AUGGUUGCGACGGCUUCUCAUCCUCGAAGACCUCCAGCACAUCUCUCCGUCUCCUUGAGGCACGACACGCCUAAUCCUAUUGGGAAGGAAAAGUCAGACUUGGGUGUGGGAAAGGAAGCUGACACCGCGACUAAGCCAAGAAGCAAUUCCACCUCGCCUUUCAGAAAACAAAUAUCGGACGAUUCAGAGGAUACCGUUGCCACGAAUGUAAAUGAAUGGUUUAAUCGCUCAAAUGCUCGUCCUGUGAUUGCUGUCAAUCAGGACUCUGGAGACACCAGUGACCCGCCAUACUUUCUUCAACACAGCUCUAACGAAGACACUGAUUCCAGCAAAGACUUACCACUUCGAGGCAACCGAUACAAUCUACAUUCAUUGAACCCCAUAUCAAGAUCUCGAGAUGGCAGUGCAUCAGAAGAAUAUCGCAGUAUCAUUGACGACCUGACCAUCGAAAAUCAGAAGUUGAAGGAGAAAUUAAAAAAAUAUGGGCGUUCAUCGAAUACCCACUUGGAGAACGAGAAGCUUUUCGAAGUUAAAAUCCAUGCCUUGUCGGCACGUAAACGAAGGGAGCUAGAAGAACUUCUUCACAAAUUUUCUGCUAGUUUUGACGGUUCGUCAGAAGAUCUAAGCAUCAAUGGUCCACCAAGUCGACAGUCAAGAGCUUAUUCGCUUUCCGAGAAACCUGCAAAGCAUAAAUCUAUUUCAUCAGGGUCCAACUCCCAACCGACUGACUCCGCAUAUGCCUCGAUGUCGAGAUCCGGGCCCUCGCAUAGCUCCUCGGCUGGGGAAGGGAAUAGGCCAGCGCGAUCGCAGGUCACAGACGAUCGGAAAAUGCAGGAUUUCUUGCAAGACAUUCCUCAGGGAUUACAACCGAGAUCAACCCUAGAAAUGUCCGAAAAUCAGCGAAAGAGGAUGGUUGUUCGGCGUCUGGAACAAUUAUUUACAGGAAAGACAGGAUCGCUCAUCGGCGCGCACAGUCAAUCUUUGCAACAGCAAGAGGUGUCCAAGUCGGCCGCGAGAGCAGAUCAAGCUUCGCAAAUUCAUUUCCACCCUAGAGAGGGUGUACGCGAAGCUCACAUCGGGCCACAUAAUAUGGAACUAGACAAGCAGGGAUUAGUAAACAAUUCAAAGAAUAGCCAAUCGCCAGCAGAACAGUCAAAUUCUUCCUCAAAGUCUCGUGGAUCCCCUUCACCACAGCAAAGGCCGACUAGACCCUUGGAUUUGGAUCCAGACCGUGACCAAGUCGGUUCCGAUAACGUCGAGUAUAUUCGCCACCUCGGAAUCUCGGCACCCCAACUGUUAACAGAGGAAUCACAAGAUGCUGCCGUUGAUGCUGAGGGAUGGGUCUACCUGAAUCUUCUCAUCAAUAUGGCGCAAUUGCAUAUUAUAAAUGUCACGCCUGGCUUUAUUAGAUCUGCAGUCACCGAAUUGAGUAGGAAACUUCAAAUAUCUCCAGACGGAAAGAAGCUGCGAUGGAGAGGUGGUACGCAAGGAACAAGUUUAAACAGUGACAGCGGUAAUAGCAGUGUUCAUCAACGAUCCCCACCCGAUAGUGAUGGCAGUGACGAAGCUUCGCGCAAAAGACGCAAGGUUCAUGCCAACAAAUUCACUCCUACGGGACAAGCACCCCUGAAAAUGAUAAACCAGAGCUCAAAGAACACUAAAGCGACAGACGCAUGCUUCUAUGAGCCGAUGUUUGUUCGUUAUCCAUCCGAGGCAUCUGGUGAUGAGAGCGAUAUCUCACCAAAUCACUAUAGUCUUCACGGCUUUGCAUCCUCUACCAAGAGACUUGGCAACAGUCCACGUGAUGAUGGACCAUUGAUAUUCUAUAAUGGAACAAAAUUCUUUAGUGAUCUCUCUGGUGAUCGUGGCGACCUCGAAACCCCGCUACAUAUUACUGGCGUUGACAAAGAUGGCUACAGCAAUCACACUGAAGAUGCUGUCGGCUGCUCACAUCCUACAAGACACCUCCUUAAGGACAGGACUCCUUCCGGUUCUUUUCUGCCAUUUAGGCCUUUCAAGGACUAUUCCAAAGGAGGAGAUCUGUUCCAGCCCCCAGAAACCAGACCACAAACCCCUAGUGUACUCUCCGAUGACACGGACUUUGAAUUUACCACAGACACGCCAUGUGGCGACGCUCAAUCUCCUCCGCCCCUUGUAGAAUUCGUUGCCAGUGGGCUCGCCGGCAUUCAACCAGCCGACCACUUACUUUACAAGGUUCAUACACGAUUGACGGCGAAUAGCGACCAUGUCCCUUUCAAGGUUUCUAAAUUCUCUGCUCCCCGUUCAACUUCGAAGAUUCUACACACGAUUUCACAGUCUUCGCUAGAUUCAUUUCACAAUCCAGAGCCUCAGAACAAGGUGGGUAGCAUGACCAGUAAAUUGACUCACUUGACCGAUCCUAUCAAUGGACCGCCACCGCACCGCGCAUAUGAGAGUUUACCCAUUAAGACCGAAAAUAUUUCGGAGGAAUUGAUAAUGCUGCACCCAUCACCCCUACCCGAACCAUCCUCUUAUUUCGACAUGCUUUCCGGCACUGAAACCGUAGGAGACUAUUCCGAUACCUCCUCUUCUUUCAUGGGAAUUUCUCAUCUUAGAGAUGAACCUCUAGAGAAAGGCGAAGAUCUGAUGUCAGAAAACGAUAUACAAGUCUCAUCUGAUGAGGGUGCUAUGGAUGUUGAAGACGCGGAAGAAGAAGAUGAUGAUGAUAGCAUUGAUAUGUUGGCGUAUGUGAGAGUUAUUGAUCCGAAGGCUGUGGCGACCGAGGAGGAAAAGUACGAGAUGGAAGCUAGUGAUAAGAGUGUUCAGUUGGGGAGUGCGGCCAGUAAAUCCGUCCCUCCGUUUCCGUUUGAGGAGAGUGAGGAGGUGGAACUUUGA